CUCCCCGCAAUGUAAGCAGUUUACAUCCAUCCUACCUUGUGGUGUUCGGAUCGAUGCGUUAAUCCGCUAUCCCGUCAUAGGCAGACAACUUCAUUCAUAGUUCAUGAGAAAGCUAGAUCUAUGAAUUUUAUUUGGUUCACUUCUGUACCCCUAGUAGGUAGCUUUUAGCUGAAUAGAGUCCGAUCAACUGAAUCACAAGAUGCGUCCAUCGCAGAUUCUUCGAAGCGACGAAAUCCCUAUUGGAAAAUAUGGCCAUUAUCUGAACAAGGAUACUUGGGGCCACCUUGGUUGUAUUCUGCCACAGAAAGGAAUAAACACCUAUCAGCUUAGCCCAAACCGCCAGAACAUUCUCGCCGGAGCCGCUAAUGAUGCCGUAUUCAACACCUGGCGUCGAUUCAGCAAGCAAGUUCUAUAUUGGGCCCCGCCACUCUUAGCUGCCUAUUAUGCCAUGGACUGGGCUAUGAAGCGUAACGAAUAUCUCAAUAGUAAGGCCGGAAGAGCUGAAACUAAGGGAAACUGAAGCGGACCACUACACGUAUAUAUACCUAAAUAGAUAAUAACCUGGAAGGUAUAUAAUAGCUUUGGACAAGCUUUUUCAAGAUGAAUCUAACAGGGAAAACAAGGCUAACAAGCUACCUAUUCUGCCUAAUCAACAGAUACCUAGUUAACUACGAGACGCUUUACUAGGUUAAGAAGACUUUUGUAUCAGAAACAGUCUAUAAGUGGCGCUGUAUAAACUUGCAACCUUUGAAUAGGUAUACGGUCAUGUGCGUG